AUGCCUCCUCGACGAAAAGUUCGCAAACUAAUUGCCACACUCUUUGAGAAGACAAGCGGCCAAUUGAUCCGCCUCAGGACCCACAAACUUCAAGAUCGGCCACUGUCAGGGCGCGCCCAGACAAAACGAAACGUACAUGUGCAGAGAGUGACGCAUCCCCAAGAUCACCAUCGGUACGACACGUCCAGAAAGCAGCUUAUCAGCAGUGCAUAUCCAAUGGCUAUGGCAGAGCCUGAACUCCGCGCAUCUGAUAUGCGAAGGGAGCGUGUUGUCAUUACUCCACCAGCGCACGGAUGGACUUCUGAACAGCUUUUCUUUCCACUUGAGUUGCGGUUUUACGUGACUCGGCUGUGGCUUGAAAAAGCUCGACAAUUUGGGGUUGAGGGUCAGAAGCUGAAUUCGGAAAUUUUGGUGCCAUCUGCUCCAAGGAUGGACAGUGGCGCCGCUACGGCCGAUAAGCCUGGCCCGCUCGAGGUUGGCCCAGAAUUCGGGACGCUUUCCGAUCCGGCAUCAAGACGAGAUCUGAUUGGUCAACAAUCUGGACCGAAAUGCCAAACAUGA